UCCAUAGGGAGCUCUGCCUCACCACUGGGUUCCCAAGUACGUCUGGGUGCAUGGGUGUGUUCUGCAUUGUGAGAGGCACUGGUAUGACACACCAGGAAACAUGUCAUAAUGUCAUCACUGUAACGUGAAAAGAAUUACAGCAAUGGCUGGAACCUUUAUAAGAUGACCAAGCACACUUUUAGAUCCAGUCUCAGCCUGGAGUGAAGCCUGGCAGCUAUGAGGAUCCAUUACCUUCUGUUUGCUUUGCUCUUCCUGUUUUUGGUGCCUGUUCCAGGCCAUGGAGGAAUCAUAAACACGUUACAGAAAUAUUACUGCCGAGUCAGAGGCGGCCGGUGUGCUGUGCUCAGCUGCCUUCCAAAGGAGGAACAGAUUGGCAAGUGCUCGACGCGUGGCCGAAAGUGCUGCCGAAGAAAGAAAUAAAACACCCAAAAGCAUGAUGAGAAUGUUGUGAAGUGUGGAAAUGCCCCCAUCAUGUUUAUAAAAGUAAAAU